AUGGGGUUUAUUCCUCAAAAUCGGGGUCUGAACCUUCCGCAGCGGUUAAUGUCGCCAGCAGCAGUGGAGGCACAGCUCUCGAAGGAUGGGAGAAAAAGACCUCAACCACCCGAAGAUCUAUUGCCACAGUCCAAGGUGGUUACCGCCUAUGCAGUAGCCGAGCAAUUUGAUAUAUCAAAGGUGAUGGAAAUACUUCUAGCAAAGGGCUAUGAACCGGAUCCCUUCGACACUGGCCUAUAUCCGCAAGUCAUCCACGUACAAGUUCCACUUGACUCUAUUCGGCGAACUUCGAGCUUGGCUGCAUCGGAACUGCCGGCUGAUCAGGUGGGAGAUGUUUUUAUCUUUCCAUCUGGCACCGUAGUGUCAUGGUCACUACCAGAGGGCUUUACAUCCUAUCUUGCAAGCACAGUUCUGUUGCCAGCUGCCCAGAAUCCACAUCUGGAUGAUAUGGAAACAGAACAUUUGGAGUAUACGGAGGAUCUACAAAGAGAAAGUAGCACCGUGAAAGGUGAUAAGAUCAUUCUCGGGACGAAACCUCUCCUAGAAAACAGCCGAUACGAGUUGAAGCGCAACGACCAACAAUUGGUUGACACUGUUCUAACCAAGAUUGCUUUCUCAUCAGGAUUGGCCCGAAGCACGAAACUUGCUGUCCUGGAGAGUCUACUUUCCAAUUAUUUCGACUCAACACGGACCAUCCCCACUCUGCUUUCUAAAGGGACACGCCUGCCCUUCUCAAGAAGCUUUAUUCUCCGGAAAACAGGGCAGUUAUUGAGCAUACGAGCACACCUUAAUCUUUAUUCAGAGCUGACAGAUUCCCUCCCCGAUCUCUUCUGGGAUAGUAGGCAUGAGCUUGGCCUUGAGGGAAACUAUGAUCAGGUUGGAAGAGCUCUUGACAUUGGAAUCCGCAUUAAGAUACUUAACGAAAAAAUGGAUUAUGCACAGGAAAUUGCCAGCGUUCUGCGUGAGAGGCUGAGCGAGACGCAUGGCCUACGACUCGAGUGGACGAUAAUCCUCUUGAUUGCUGUGGAGGUAGGCUUCGAAGUCCUAAGACUGUGGAAAGAGAAGAAGCAGGAGGAUGUGGGCUAUAAAAAAGCACACUUGUCAUGA